GCGCGUCAAAGGGGCAUGCACCACUCGGUGGCGGAGAUGAAUCUUGCCAUUAGCGAUGGCCAGGGGCUGGAAGAGCUUGGACUGUUCUCGGAGACGCUGAUCGCCAGUCAUGGCUGCUGUGUUUGUGAGGAUGGUGGGUUAAGGUUCUGUGCGAUGGAUGCGGUGGCUGCAGGCAGAGAAGAACACUGGUUCUCGCGAGGACACAGUUCCUCAGAAAGGGGAGCAAGAUGGGGGGAAUCCAUGGACAGCAAUGGCCACUGCAGUGGGCUUUUUCUUCCCACCGGCUGGGUCAUGGAUUUCUCUUCCUCAUGAUUCCCGCUCCCCUCUCAUCUCUGGUUGUUGGCCCGGCCAUGGACCGAUGGGGAAAUAGAACGGGGACCAACAGGUGCCAUUUCCAUAACGGGCAUGACAUAUGGAACCUGACAGGUUUAGGUCUGGUGAAAAUAUCCAACCAACGACAUGAGACAACACGAGAAAUUAUGGAGAGAGAAAAACACGGGUUAAACCUUGGAGAGUGGAGCGGCCUGUCUGCCAGACCGUCGACCCGGGUUUUCCGGCUGGUCGAGGAAGGAGCAAGACUUGACGAUCAAUUUGGCUGUUGCUGUCGUCGUUGGUGAGGAUGAGGAUAAUAUUCGCGUGACUUGAAGCUUGGGGAAGUGGUGAGGGUGGUGGUGUUGCUGAUAGUGUUCUGACAUAUAGGACCCUAUGCAUCAACCAUGCCCUUCCUUACCUUCACAACCCCUGUCUGCCAUGCUGGCUGGCUGCACCCAUGCACACAC